AUGUGGAGAGUUUGUAGUGUAACUGAAGUAGAAGAAACCAAGACCAUCAUAUGCAUGAUUCCAAUGUGCACCACUUUCUUUCUUCUUGGAGUUGUGUCUUCAAUUGGGAAUACCUACUUUCUUGAACAAGCCAACCACAUGAAUCAAAAAAUUGGUAAUAUAAGUGUUCCACUUACUACACUUGUAUUUUUUCGCGAUCAUGCGAAAGCACAAUUCGGGAAAUGUUAUGUGAGAAUAGCUUCGAGUUAUGGAUCAUCGUCGAAUAUUAGGUAUUCAGCCAGAAUUGGAAUCGCUGUGUCGAUGGUAUUUGCAGUGAAUUGUUGUAUAACGGCUGCGAAAGUUGAAAACAAAAGGCUUGAUGUGGUGAACAAUCAUGGGUUGCUCUACAAGCCUAAAGAUAAGAUUCCAAUGAGCAUGUUUUGGUUGUUACCGCAAUUUCUUCUUCUUGGAGGACUUGAUGGGAUUUCGAAGAAAAGUAUUGAACUUUUUGUUACUAAUCAAGGGCCUGCUUCUAUGGAUAGGUACAUGACUCAUUUUGCUAUGGCUGUGUUUGGAGUGGGAACUAUGGGAAGUGUUGUAUCGGUUUGUUUAGUUGAUAAGAUUAGCUCAAUAGGAGAAAGUCAUAAUAGUUGGUUCCAAGACACCUUGAAUAGGAGUCGUUUGGAUAAGUAUUAUUGGGUUUUGGCUACUUUGAGUGCUGCCAAUUUUGUUUUGUACAUUUUAUUAGCUGUUUUGUAUGAUAGUAAAUAUUUAAGAACUGAUGAGCAACAAAUGUCCAAGUCUAACCAAAGUAUGGAAUAUGGAGAUGAUUGA